AUGGCAGAAAUUACUCCUAUCUUGAAGGAAGGUGAUCACGAGCAGGCUAAUAACAAUAGACCGAUUUUGCUUUUACCAAUGUUGUCUAAAGUAUGUGAAAAAAUGGUUUUAAACCAAGUUGUACCAUAUUUAGAUUUAAAUAAACGUUUAUCCACAGAGCAAAGUGGCAAUAAAAAAAAGCAUCAUUCGACAGAAACAUCAUUGAUAGAAACUACUGACACCAUCUUAAAUGCGAUCGACAAAAAGAAAGUUACUGCUGUGGUCCU